GCACAUCAAGAUGGACGCUACGCCGGUACCCGAGCACCUGGACCGGCAGCCCAAUCUGCUGCCCAACUUCCAGCCCAGCCCCGUGCCGUCGUCCGUGCCACUGCCGCCACCCAUACCCCGGCUCCCCAUUCCUUCGGCGCCUCACCCACCCCCGCCGCCCCCCUCGUCAUCGAACCACAGUUUGACGCCCCAUCCGUCACCCUUCAGCUUCGGGGGCUCGUUCCUCUCCUCCCCGGGUAUGUCACCUUUCGGGCUGAUGCCUCCGCCCCGAGACGGGUCGAUGCAUUUCCCGCACCCCCUGAGCCUGUCACUGCCGUCAUCCAUGUCCAUGGGAUUCUCCCACAGAGACUUUAUGAACAGUAUGAGCAGACGUGAGUCGCCGACCAACAGACACGGCAUGGAGACGAGCGUCAUCCGAUCCCCGCAUCACAAGGAAAGUCCGGUGGGCAACAGCCGCGAUCCAUCGCCGUCAGAUUCUAGGAAAUGUAGUUCCCAGUUUUUGAACUACCCUUUCCCAUUUCAUCAGCCGCCUCGUCGCGACUCGGUUCCCAAGCACGGCAUGGACAUGUCCGACAGCCACCACAGCGACGAUAACGAGGAACGCCGAGAGCGAGACGGCUCCGAAGAACGCCGAGUGGGCACCCCAAAUGACAAGCAGUCAUCGGCGAGCCGCCACGAGUCUGAAAAGAGCAGAAGUCAGUCGCCGGCAUCCCGAAGGUCAUCCUCCUCCAAAGUGGCACCGUCCACCCCUGUUCCGGUCACACCCCCUCCACUACCACGCCCUUCCUCCUCACACAGCCCACGCCGCUCACCGGCAACAGUCAUCAGCUGGGCAUCUUUUACAUCCCAGAGCCCGCUCUUACCUAGUCACCAUCCGACACUGUUUUCACCUCAUCACCCUCUACCUCCUGGAUUCCCUGGUCUAGGCUUGCCUAUGGGCGGCACUCCACCAUCGUUUCACCUGCCCCCACAUCUUAAUCCGGUCCUCCCCAUGUCUGGUCCAAGACUCAGCGGUCACUCCCCGUUUCUCCACCCUCCACCUCCUCCGCCACCUCAAAUUUCCACCCCGCCCGGAGACGGCCCGAUGUUCAGGAACUCCAUACUGCCCACCAAAACGAUCGACCCUUCAGAAAAUCUAGAGCAGUACAUGGAGGUGCAGAAGUCUGAAACAUCAAAGCUCGAGGCGCUCGUCAAAAACAUUGAGCAGAAAAUCACGGACCCUAAUCAAUGCGUUGUCUGCCAUCGCGUCCUAAGCUGCAAGUCGGCUCUUCAGAUGCAUUACCGGAUCCACACAGGAGAAAGACCCUUCAAGUGCAAGAUAUGCGGCCGAUCUUUCACCACGAAAGGCAACCUCAAGACCCACAUGGGCGUCCACAGAGCUAAGCCCGCGUUGAGGAUGAUGCAUCAGUGUCCGGUGUGCCACAAGCAGUUCACGAACGUCCUGGUCCUCCAGCAGCACAUCCGGGCACACACUGGUUCAAUGCCACAUAUGUCUCACAUGCCCCUGCUUCCACCCCACAUGGACUGGGCGCAUCGACACCCCUUUGGUUUCUCCCGCCACCACCCUUACCUACCUCCGAUGCACCCCGACUCCUUGGACCUGUCCAGGGGUCCACCUUUUCAUCCACACCCGCACUUCCCCCGAGAACGGCCGCACCUGAAUGACAACGAACGCAAGCCGG